AUGGGCUGCAUGAACUCUAAACAACCUUCUUAUAAAUCUUAACCUCACUAAUCUGCAAGGAGUUAGAUAUAAAUCUAGUUCUAAAGUCAAGAUGAACUUCCUUACGUGAUCAAAAAGAACCCAAUAUUCCAAAGACGAGCUUCCUAAAAGUCCAUCGUUAGUCCUGUGCAAACUGCCUCUUUUAUCUAAAGAAAUAAGUGA